CUCUCUCUCUCUUUUCAUGACAGCAUGGUCUGAUCAGAACAAAGGAUGAAGACUUCAUGAUCCAGCCCCUUCCUCAGCACUUGAUACCGGCCGACCAUGACUCGCCUGUAGUCCCACAUGCAGUGUACAGGCGUUCAGUAAACACGUCAACAAUAAAGUUUGCAGAGAAGAAGGGACAUCAUAGGGAAAGGCUCCGAGAACAUCAUUCCAAUUCAACCAAACAGCACUAUUGUGGGAGGAGAAAGAAAUUUCAACCACACCCUCCUGAAGAACCAGUCUUUUUCCUGGAUGAAUAUCCUGAUGCGAACGGAUCCUCAAUACAAACCAGAAAACGCCGUUCAAUAGCAGGGAAUGUUCACAGGAGUCAAUAUGUCGAGACACUGGUCGUUGUGGAUAAACAUAUGAUCAAGAAACAUGGAAGUGAUAAAAUCACAGCAUAUGUUCUCACAAUAUUUAACAUGGUUGCAAAAUUAUUUCGUGAUUCAUCUCUUGGUCACACCAUCAACAUGAUGCUUGUGAGUCUAAUGCUCCUGGAAGAUGAUCAGCCUGGCUUGACCAUCUCCCACCAUGCUGACCGGUCAUUGAACAGCUUCUGCCAGUGGCAGUCCACCUUGACCACACCCAAUGGCACCCAUCAUGACCACUCAAUACUGCUGACCGGAAAUGAUAUAUGCUCCUGGAAAAAUGAACCCUGUGAUACACUAGGCUUUGCACCUAUUGGUGGAAUGUGCAGUAAAUACCGGAGCUGUACUAUUAAUGAAGAUACAGGACUGGGAUUAGCGUUUACAGUUGCUCAUGAAUCGGGACAUAGUUUUGGGAUGGUGCACGACGGUGACGGCAAUGCCUGCAGGAAGUCUGGAGGAGACAUCAUGUCCCCCACCCUCUCCGGUCACAGCGGCAGGUUCACAUGGUCAGCCUGCAGCAGGAAGAGCCUCGAUGACUUUCUAAGGACGGAUCGAGCAGCAUGCACAUGGGAUGAGCCGAUAGGGAUAGCGGAGUACCAGUUCCCUCCGAGUCUACCUGGAGAGCUGUACAGCGCUGAUCAGCAGUGUCAGUGGCAGUUUGGACCUAAAGCUAGACUCUGCUCCUUCAAUCUUGGAAAGAGUCUCUGCCAGUCCAUGUGGUGCCAUAGAGGGGAACGCCGAUGCGAAACCAAGUUCCUGCCGGCGGCGGACGGAACCCCCUGCGGCGCCACCAUGUGGUGCAUCCAGGGCAAGUGCCUGGACCGGGGCCAGCUGGGACCCACCAUGGUCCAUGGAAACUGGUCCGAGUACGGCGAGUUUGACGUCUGCUCCAGGACCUGUGGGGGCGGGGUGCAGUACAAGGAGAGGCGGUGCGACAACCCCCACCCUCAGAAUGGGGGCAAGUACUGUGAGGGUCCAAGCAGGAUAUAUAGAAUGUGUAAUAUUCAGGAGUGCCCGGAUGAGUCGGUGGAUUUCCGAGCCCAGCAAUGCUCCUCCUACAACAGCCGUCCUUUUCGAGGGUUCUACUACGACUGGAAGCCUUACCUGCACGUUAACAAAAACGAAGCCUGCAAGCUGUACUGCAUCGCUGACGGGUUUGACUUUUACUUUGCUCUCUCUGGGAGUGUGGUCGAUGGGACCAAAUGUGACGCGGAUUCUAACAACGUCUGUGUUAAUGGCAGAUGUGAGAAAGUAGGCUGUGAUCAUAUCCUUGGUUCGGAAGCCCAACCCGAUGCUUGCGGAGUGUGCCAUGGUGAUAACUCAACAUGUGACUUUGUGAGAGGCGUCUACGCUGAGCAACAUGAAAGGAAUGAUUACUAUGAGGUCGUGAGGAUACCCCGAGGCGCCCGUCAGAUCAGCGUAGCGGAACUCAGCUCUUCGGACAGCUAUCUUGCCCUGAGGAACAGCAAAUACAUGUACUACCUGACCGGAGGAUGGACGGUCGACUGGCCAGGCAACUUCAAAUUUGGCGGGACGCUCUUUGAGUACAGGAGGCCCUACAAGAAGCCGGAGUAUCUGGAGGCGAAGGGACCUACCACUGAGGAGCUGAUUGUUGAGAUUCUCUUGCAAGGGAAGAACCCCGGCGUUGAGUACGAGUACACUGUACUAGGAUCGCACGCAUCAUCUGCCCCUCCGGUACACACGUACACGUGGAACCAAACAUACACUGGCUGCUCUGCAACAUGUGCUGGAGGAGUAAAGACCGAGGUACUGAGCUGCCAUCGUAAUUAUCAAGAUGAAGUUGAUGAGUCAUUCUGUGAUGGUACCAACAGACCGGAACAACAAGUCGUUGUAUGCAACAAGGACCCUUGUCCACCAAGGUGGACAGUGAGUGCCUGGAAGCCAUGCAAUCGUCAGUGUGGCAGCGGUCGUCAGAAACGUAAGGUCGUCUGCAUUAAGGAGUUGGCAGGGGGCAGGAACAAGACGGUCAAAAGCAGCUACUGUUCUUCGCCACGGCCACAGAAAUGGCAGGCCUGCAACACCCAGGACUGUCCGCCCAAGUGGGUGCCUGGCAGAUGGUCAGAGUGUUCCCGUACCUGCGGUGAUGGGUUUCAGACCCGCAUGGUGUCCUGUGUCUCCCUCACUGGUAAUGGGGAAUAUCACCGGCAAGCUUCCGAUCGGUGUCGGGGCACCGUCAAGCCCCACACACGCCAGCCCUGCAACCUGAUGGAGUGCCCCCUCAAAGUUCAGUGGUUUAUAUCGGCCUGGAGCGAGUGCUCAAGAACCUGCGGCCCUGGUAAACGUCAACGCAUCAUGAAAUGCAGUCACCUUGACGAUCAGGGACAGUACAGGGAGCUUCCGGCGGUGCGUUGCCAGCAUCUCAGUCAACCUGUCCUUGCGCUGUCCAAACCCUGCAACUCUCAACCUUGUAUGAUAGAGGUCAGAGGUCGAUGGCAACCAGGCGAAUGGUCACAGUGCAGCGCCACGUGUGACGGAGGUACCAAGGGAAGACAAGUCCAGUGCGUUAGUACUAAUAGCGUCAACAGCAGCCCCAAUACCAGACUUAUAUGUGACAACAGUAUAAAACCGGAAGUAAAUCGAAAUUGCAAUACAGAUGCGUGUCCAUCACAAAGUGCUUAUCCAUACGCAGCAUGUAGAGAUGAAUACAACUGGUGUUACCUCGUACCUCAACAUAAUGUAUGCUCGCAUCGCUUUUACGGAGUCAAAUGCUGCCAUUCCUGCACCUACAGGGGUUGAUGAGACCGGACAUUAAAUAGACUCGAAAUCAAUCUAUCUGAUACCUCUCGCUCUGCUCUGUCCAGUUUCAGUCUUUGAUCCAAAGAGCGAUGGAUGGAUGAUAUCUUCAGGCAGGCAGUUGUGGUAUACGUCAUAUUAGCAUCUAGUGGACCUUGUGUUUCCACCUUAGAGUACUCCUAUCUUGAUGCUGAUUUAGUUUGAGAGGAGCUGAUCUAGACUGUUCCUGUUGGAUCCCAGUCACCCUUGUGCAGCCCUUCAAGGAUAUUUAUUUUGUGGGGAGGGGCGGAAAGGGGGGGGGGGCGCAGGAAAGAGCUUACUCAUAUUGCCAUGUAGUGGUCCUUUUACAUCGAGACAUAAGAGUACUCUCAUCUUGAUGCUAAAUUCUGUUAAGAAGAACUUUGGAAGAACUGAUCAGGACUGUUGCUAUCUAUUAAGUCAUUCUUGCGAGGACCUUCAGGAUAUUAUUUUGUUGAGGGAGGGGAGGGCUAGGGCUGAGAGAGCGGAGUCAUAUUGGUGUCUAGUGGUCCGUAUUCAUCCAUCCAAGAGUACUCUAAUCAUGAUGCUUGUAAUGUUUCAACAAACUUUUAAAGAACUGAUCUGGAAGUUGUUGUUCGAGCUCUGUCACCGUGUAAGGUUUACCAUCAUCUUUUUAUUUUGGUGAGGAUGGGGUGCUGCACCCUUUCCAUAAAAAACUGGAACUUAGGGGAUUCUUUGGACAAGAUGUGAAACAAAAGUACUCAUCUGGAAUAAAAGAUCAUAGAUUGCAGAGCAUUAUUUUAUUAAAGAAGCAACUGUUCAUUCUCAUUUCCACAUAGUCAGCAGCACGAUAUGAUGUUAUUUUCAUGCUCAGGGCAUGCAUCAACAUUGACUCGUUAUCCACUGCCAGAUUUAAAGAGGUAUUCUUCCCCGAAAUGUCACCAUCGACCUAUCCAGCUCACCUUGCCUGUUGAUAAUAUAACAAGCCUCUCCAGCCAGCUAGCUAGCUCUUUCUGAGUGUAUUUUGUUUGUUUGCUGGAAUGCAGUCAGACAGAACAGCUUUCUACAGUGAACCAACUUGAGCAGUCGACAAGUGAACAUACAGCUGAGGUCAACAUAAACAAAGUACUUGUUCACUCAAAAAGUCUGUAUUCUCUCGGACGUCUUGAUGGACUUGGGGCAGGAGCAUCUUCUAUCAAAAUGAGUGAUUAUUUUCAAGAAAUCAGAAGUAUUGGUAUUCAAAGCUGCUGCUAGUUUAGUUAAGACUUUGCCUAGCUUAUUUGUUGCUAGACUUUUAAACUGUUGAAUGAAAAGAGAGACCAAAAAUUUUCAGAAAUAAGGAAGUCACAAACAACAAUAUUUUUUGUCUUUAGAAUUUCUAACAUGCAAAUGUGAUACCGUAAAUAUUUGUAAGAUCCCACCCUCCGGCUGUUUAAAAAUUAUUGAGAUUGCCCCCUUACCCAAUUUGAAAUGUACUUAAAAUUUGUUAACUUAGGGAUCAAAAUCAUUUGUCUUCAGAUAUUUACUGGUAAUAACAGGAGGUCUAAAAUUGUCUGAAAUAUUGACUGUGUUUGAAACUUUCCAUCCUAAGCAAACACUCAAAAAAAGGAUAAAGGAGCAAGUGUGGAUUCAAUUUCAAAAGUUGUAAAAAGAAAACAUCCCGUAAAGAAAAUGAGAAACUUCUCAUGAUUUAUUUUUCCAGCUAUUUAUAUAGAAAACUGAUAUAUGCAUUACAUGUUAUGUGCUGGCAGGGCUAUCUUGUUAGCAUUUCUUGAUAUCCAUUUGAAAAGGUCAUGAUUAAACAUUAGCACAGACUUUAACAUUUUUGGAUUUUACAUAAAAAUAAUAUUUGAUGUUGUAACGUUACAUAUUAUCUAUAAUUAUGUAGCAAAUUGUCAAGUAAAGUUUCAAAUAAAUGGUCCUACUUGUUAUUUUGAUUACCAUGUGGUUUGUGUGAGGUGUGUGUUAUGCUUGUCUUUGUGACCUUUUCUUUAAUUAUUUAUAUAAACAUUGAAAGAAAAUGUUCCAUUGUUCCAGUAUGAUAUUCUAAAAUUAUGAGGAUUAGGGGGGGGGGGGGGGACUUUGUUGAGCCGAUUUGGCCUUUAUUCUAACUAGAAGAGUUCAAUGCACUAAUAUUCCGGUUGGUAGUAUACUUAUUAUUACAUUUAACUUAAAUCAUUCAGAUUUAAUGAUGAUGUUGGUUUGGAUUUCUAUAUAAAUAAUAUAAUUGCCAUGUCUUCGAAAACUGAAUGGCAGGAAGAUCGUAUAGUUUACGAUGAACUUUGCUAAUCUGGUGCUCCGUGUAGAUAUAUGUACUUUUUGCCAUAAACAGUAUCAUUUUGCUGCAUUACAUUUAGGUGAUCAGGGUACAUGCACUUGGAAUUUUGUUGGUGUUGGCAUUAAUUUUUUAAAUUAUUUCUUCACCUAUUUUUUUUUUUUUUUUUUUUUUUUUUUUGGGGGGGGGGGGGGGGGGGGUCAAACUUAGACUUUUUUUGCCUGUAAACUCUCAUUUAUAUGCUUGAUUAUUGUUACAAUUUAUAUUUGUAUUUAUAAUUUAAAUAUUACCAUUAUAGGCAUUGAUGGGGAUUAAAUUAUUAAGUUAAUUCAAUUAAUAAAUAUAUUUCUUUGUUUGGUUCUCGUAGCUAGACAUACUUUUAAAGUAUACUAGUCUAACUAUCUUUAAAAAAUUGGACUGUUUAUUACCAAGUCCAAACUAUGGGUGUACAGGCAAAAAAAUAAAUUCCUUUUUCAUUUUUAAAGGGGGAUGGGGAGCUAAUGUCUCGACUCGAAUAUCACCUUCACUUAUUGGUAUUUUCAAAAUUUGAAGCAGCCCUCAUGUUGUUUGUCUUUGGUCUAUUUUGCCAUUAUUUUAAAGAUAUUCUGUUAAUGUUUUAUAAUUGUAUUCAGGUGUCUAGUUAGGACUAAAGGAACAAGCCUCAACUGGAUUUGUUUUAAAGAAAUCAGAGUAUAUAAAUGAUUUACAUUGCUCAGGUAUUGUAGUUUUCAUGUAGUUCUCUAUGAAAUUUGUAUAUUUUCAAUUUAAAAAUAGUUAUACACUUUCAAUGGGGGGGGGGGGGGCAGAUUUCAUGAAAGUAUACAAUCAUGUCUGGAUAUUUUUCCUUAAAAUCCUUAAAAUGCCUACAAACAUGGCAACAUCAAUAUUUGACUUGAACCAGUUUAUAGAAUUAACUUCCAGAUAAGAAGGUUUGCUUGUUGAUAUUCAGAAGGCAAAGAUACAAGAUAUAUUUUGAAUUACUUAAAAUUGGCUUUCCUACAAAAAGUUUACAUUCAUGGGUAUAAUUGAUUUAUAUUUUAAAGCAAAAAGUCUUGUGUAUGUUUUGAUAGUUCUGGUACUCCUGUAAAGUUUCUAUGCAUGUUUUGUUUAAGCUAUGCAAUGUAUAAGUAACUAUUUGUUUCCCCAUUCAUUUUUCUUUUUGUAUUUUGCUGCAUAACCUGUUUUAAUGUUUGACAUGCUCUUGUGUGCAAGAAACCGAAUGUUCUUGUGACUUUUCACCCCAAGUAUGAGUGCAUGUUAUUCUGAAUUCAUGCGAUUUGAAGUACUUACAAAUUAUGCAAGUCAAUAUUCUAUCAUGCUCUUACAUAAUAUUUAAGUGAACAUAUAAUAAGUAGUUAAGGUGAUGGAAUAGGAAGUAAUGGUUAAUAAUUGAUUGUGUUAUUUAUUUUUUAUGCAUGAAUAUCAGAAGGGAAUCUUUAACUUUUUAAUUUCAGUGACAGUUGUUGCUGUAUGAAACGAAAAUCGAAACCCUAAUGAGAACCUUAUUUAUUGAUGUAAUAAUAAAUAGCAAUGAAUGGCUACUUUUUAAAUAACACAGAACAAGAAUGAUCUUCAGUUAUGGUGAAAAAAUUGAAGCAUACCAUUAUACUGAUAAUAAGUUUUUAGACGUUUGUUAUUGAUGCUACGAGGAAAAAACUGAAUAGCCGAUGUAAGUAAGAGGAAAAGAAGAAGAGUAAUUUUUCUCUUAUAGAACAACUUUUAAGGUAUAUUUAUGUUUUAUCAUGAAUCUCUUGGUGCUGUAGAUUAAAUAUAAUAUUUCUAUUUUGCUGUAAUUUUUUUAUUCUGUAGAAUAAUGUAUAGUUCACUAUUUUUAUUCCUAACUUCCUUUCAGAGUAACGAUUUGUGUGUUGUCUACUUCUUGUUGUACAAUUGGGAAAAGUUUUGAAUGUAGAUGUUUUAGUUAUAUCAUUUUAUGAGCAAGAUAUAUGGAGAUGCUAUAUUUUUGUCCUACCCCUUUUUUCCUUAUCAUUUUAACCUAUAAUCUCUACCUUGAACAAUGUUUGAAAGUUGUGUUCCAUCGACCUUUGACCUUUCACCCCCUGUGCCACCUUUGUGAUAUAUAUUAUAUUUUCAGUCAUUUUGCGAUUCUCCGAUAUUGUUUGUCUUCAUGCAAUGUAAAUUUUAGGGACAAGACACUGAAUAUCAAAACUGAAAUUUCACAUCUCUUUUGGGCUUGGGGCGACAAAUGAAAUGGCCUCUUAACUUAUUCAGUAUCGAUUGAUGCAAAGAGUGUGAGCAUAAAGCAGAAACAAGCACUUCCAUGCAUUUGAAAAGGGAAGUUUCCCUUCUUAAUUACCAGAGACCUCAAGAAAGAGAGAAAUGUGAUCAAAUUACAAAACCCUAAGUCCAUUUGAGGUGUGAGAUAAAUAUGACCUUGUGUUCAAUUGUCUCAAGUAUAUGUUAGGUCGUUAGUACUAAUUUAUUAUCAUGUAUUAUACUGAUUGGCUAUUGUUGAUUGUGAAGAAAUUUUGAGGGCGACAUGGAGAAUCAAUAAAAAAAGAAUGUUUUUAAAUGUG